AUGGAUUUCAUCAAAAGGGAAGGUCGUCUGAAAGCAGCUUUUAAUUUGGUUACACGUGGAAUUACUAAUUUGGUUGUGAUUGGUGGUGAUGGUUCCCUCACUGGUGCAAACCUUUUCCGUCAAGAGUGGUCAAGUUUACUUGAUGAGCUACUUAAAAAUAAUAAAAUCACUCAAGAUCAAAGAGAGAAAUAUAAAUAUUUACAUAUUGCUGGCAUGGUAGGUUCCAUUGAUAAUGAUUUCUGUGGUACAGACAUGACAAUUGGUACAGACUCUGCCUUGCAUCGUAUCAUAGAAGCUAUUGAUGCCAUUGUAAGCACAGCAUAUUCUCAUCAGAGGACAUUUAUCAUGGAAGUAAUGGGAAGACAUUGUGGAUAUCUUGCUGUGGUCGCAGCUUUGGCAUCAGAAGCAGAUUUUGUGUUUAUUCCUGAGGCGCCACCUUCAGUUGAUUGGAGAGAUAAACUUUGUGAUAAUUAUCUGGCAUUAGUGGCCGCUCUGGCAAGCGAAGCGGACCAAGUAUUCAUUCCAGAGGACCCUGUUCCCAAUAAUUGGGUUGAAAAACUUUGCAAAAGGUUACAGCAGGAACGAAAGUCCGGGCAGCGUCUUAACAUUAUUAUAGUGGCUGAAGGUGCCAUCGACCGCGAAGGGAAACCAAUUACUGCGGAACUAGUGAAGAAAGUUGUUGUGGAUAAUCUUCAGCAAGAUACAAGAAUCACUGUCCUUGGUCACGUACAGCGGGGCGGUUCGCCAUCAGCCUUCGAUAGAAUCUUGGGCUGUCGCAUGGGAGCAGAGGCUGUAAUGGCGUUAAUGGAAGCAACCCCUGAAACAGAGCCUUGCGUUGUAUCCUUGGAUGGAAACCAAGCUGUUCGUUUACCUCUAAUGGAAUGCGUACGACGGACCAAAGCUGUGGCUCAGGCAAUGACAGACAAAAAUUGGGACCUCGCCGUGCAGUUGCGCGGGCGCAGUUUCGCCAGAAACUUAGAGACGUACAAAAUGUUGACACGCCUAAAGCCACCCAAAGAAGCCUUCGAUGAAUCUGGUAAACCAUCUGAAGGUUACACUUUAGCCGUAAUGCACGUUGGCGCACCUGCCUGCGGUAUGAAUGCCGCCGUCCGCUCUUUCGUGAGGAACUGCAUCUACCGCGGUGACACAGUUCUCGGCAUUCACGAUGGCGUCGAAGGAUUCAUCAGCGGAAAUAUCGUCAAAAUGGACUGGUCGGACGUGACCGGUUGGGUGGCUCAGGGUGGUGCCUUCUUGGGCACGAAACGUACUUUACCGGGCGACAAAAAAGGGGAAAUUGCUGCACGCAUCAAACAAUUCAACAUUCAAGGCCUUCUCAUCAUUGGUGGUUUUGAGGCGUAUCAGGCCGGCCUGGAGCUCUACGAAUCCCGGGCACAGUUCCCCGAGUUCUGCAUCCCGCUGGUCGUGAUCCCGUCGACGAUCAGCAACAACGUUCCCGGGACGGACUUCUCGCUCGGCGCCGACACGGCCCUCAACGAGAUCACCGAAAUAUGCGACCGCAUCAGACAGUCCGCCCAGGGAACCAAACGUCGUGUGUUUGUUAUCGAGACAAUGGGUGGAUAUUGUGGUUAUUUAGCAACAUUGGCCGGUCUGGCCGGUGGCGCGGACGCAGCUUAUAUAUACGAGGAGAAGUUCUCCAUCAAGGAUCUGCAGCAGGACGUGUACCACAUGGCGUCCAAGAUGACGGGUGGUAUACAGCGCGGCCUCAUACUCCGCAAUGAGAAAGCCAACGACAACUACAACACCGAGUUUAUUUAUCGUCUGUACUCAGAGGAGGGCAAAGGCUUGUUCACCGCUAGGAUGAAUGUACUGGGUCACAUGCAGCAAGGAGGCUCUCCGACGCCAUUCGACCGCAACAUGGGCACCAAGAUGGCAGCCAAAUGCCUGCAUUGGCUUGUGGAGAGCAUACAGAACGGGCCAGCUAACACGCCCGACUCGGCAUGUUUGCUCGGUGUGGUGAAGCGACAGUAUAAAUUCACACCACUCGAAGAUCUUAAAUCGCAAACUAACUUUGCGCAAAGAAUCCCCAAGCAACAGUGGUGGAUGAAAAUGCGGCCCCUACUUCGUAUCCUGGCCAAACACGAUUCUACGUAUGAAGAGGAAGGCAUGUACAUGACUGUCGAACAAGGAGAAAUUGACUCUGAAAACGUCAUU